CUAGUUCCGGUCUUCUGCCUCCAUGGCCCGGUUGCUCCCAGUCCUUUUCGCGCUGCUCUUUUGCGGCUACGUGCAGCCUAUUUCUUUUUCGCUGCCGCCUAACAGCCGCAAGUGUUUGCGAGAAGAGAUUCACAAGAACGUGCUCGUAACCGGAGAGUACGAGCUGUCUGAGGCCCACAACCAGGGCCAAGUGCGACUAAAGAUUACAGACUCUGCUGGGCACAUUCUCUACUCCAAGGAAGAUGCUUCCAAGGGGAAAUUUGCUUUCACCACUGAGGAAUAUGAUAUGUUUGAGGUCUGCUUCGAUAGUAAGCUACCAGCAGGUGCUGGCAGAGUGCCUGAUCAGAUGGUCAAUCUCAUAAUGAAGCACGGAGUAGAAGCAAAAAAUUAUGAAGAGAUUGCAAAGGUAGAGAAACUUAAACCACUUGAAGUUGAACUUCGGCGUCUUGAGGAUUUGUCAGAGUCUAUCGUCAAUGAUUUUGCCUAUAUGAAAAAGAGAGAGGAAGAAAUGAGGGACACAAAUGAAUCCACCAAUGUACGUGUCCUUUACUUCAGCAUAUUCUCCAUGUGUUGCCUAAUGGGACUGGCCACCUGGCAAGUUUUCUAUCUCCGUCGCUUCUUUAAGGCCAAAAAACUAAUUGAAUGAAGACACCGUUUUUACAGAUACACAGCUGGCCCCUCCAUCCAUCAGGUGUUGCAUCUGGGGGAAAUCUUUGCAGAGCUGCUUCCUACUUCUCAGUCUGGGUAAUCAGUCUGUCUGAUUAUGAAAAGCACCCAGCCUCAAUAAGCUACCACAGAUCUCCAACAUUAAGGCUUGUCAAGGUGCUCUGUGAUUUCACCAAAAACAUGGUGAAAUGUAAGACAAGCACACUACUUAUUAGCAUUUUAUUUUUUCUCUUCUAUUUCUAAUACUCUGAACCUUGCUGCAUAUUUCGGAUUUUUUGUUUUUUCAGUAAAUGUGGAAAUAUUUUUUUUUCUGUUCUCAAAAUAGAAGCUUUUCAGAAACCCAGUACUUGAUAAAACAUGUAAUAUGAUGAAAACAUGAACAAAAUAAAUUUAUGGUAGCUUGGUAAAAAUGAGGCGUGCCAUCAAAUGUAGGACCAGUAGGUGGAACCCAUGAACAAAGGACUUUAAUAAGGUUUUUUUGUAUUGUGUUCAGUACAUGAUGAUAGCGUGAGUCACAUGAUGGUAUGAGAGGGUAUGCAUGAAGUGGUAAGAGUGUCCAAACUAUGGGGGAAAUUUAUCAAUUUGUUUUAACUGAAAAUGUGUGCUUCAAAAUAAAGAGUUACUGUUGCAUAGUUUAGCAGCAAAUUUGUUACAGGCUGUGGAUUAAGUAAUUUUUUGACAGUUACAUCAAAUGUAUUUUUAAUUUAUCUGGCUAUAAAGCUAAAAGGGAGCAUUUACAUAUUUUUUAAUUAAAAUAAUUUAGAAAUGUUGCAUAACUGCACGUUUACUUUAAAUGAAAUCUGUUACUAAUAAAACUCUUAACGUUUAAAAUUAAA